AUGGAAGAACAUACAGAAACCCCAGAUAACUCCACUAUGGAAUCGUUAGAAUCCCAUUUGGAAUGUUUGGGGAUCGAACCAUAUUGUCAUGAGGGAUCGUCGUCGUAUAUCGAAAACCAUUAUGAAUCUACUGGUCUAGUGGAGACUGAUCUUGAAAAUCCUCAACCAAUAUCUCCUCUAGCACAAGAGUCUUGUGAUUUGAUGGCUGAAUUCUCUACUGAUGAGGUAUUUGCGAGUCGUGAAGAGGUUAUUAAAUGGUGUCACGACAAGGAAACAGAUACAAAAACAGUAGUUAUUAUUAGGAAGUCCAAGAAAAAAUCAAAAAUACAGGGCUCUUUCAUUGUAAUGGCGUGUGAAAGAUUUGGGGAGUAUAAAAAUGUUAACAGAAGUGUUGAAAAAAGUGUGGUAACACGAUGUCUGAGGAGAAAACCGAGGACGACUGGAACAAAAAAAUGUAGGUUAAAUCUUGCUGAAAAAGAUUUGUGCAUUUCUUUUUCCGUUGGUGGAGUGAAGCCCGCUUUAAUUCUAUCUACGCUAAAGAGACAAAAUAAGAAAAAUGUUUCAACAACACGAACAAUAUACAAUGCCAAGUCCAAAUUCAGGACGAAAGUAAUGGAAGGGCGAACAAAGAUGCAAAAAUUGUUGCAAUUGUUAGACGAACAUCAUUAUGUGACAUCUAACCGGAGAGAAGACAGCUCGGGAAGAGUUUUGGAGUUGUUUUGGUCACAUCCAGAUGGUUCAAGGCUUGCACAAUGUUUCCCCACGAUUCUGUUACUAGAUUGUACUUACAAAACGAAUCGAUGGGGUAUGUCGUUGUUUCAUGUUGUGGGUGUGACAUCUACCACACAAUGCUUCACUAUUGCGUAUUGCUUUAUGUCUGCGGAGAAGACGGAGAAUUAUAUUUGGGCUCUAGAGCGGUUAAGGAAGUUGUACUCUCCUAAUCAUCUUCCAUCGGUGGUUGUCACAGAUGAUGAUAUACGACUACAGAAUGCUAUUCUAUACAUGACCAUUGGAAGCAGCUUUCUAUGGUUCCUGUACAUGAAAAGGUGGCAGAAAUUUUCGUCUGGGAAGAUCAGAAUGAAAUAUGAAGCUUGCACAGAGUUGCAAAAGCAUUUUAUGUUGGAAAUGCUGAUAGAGAUUGCAGAUCCGGGUAAAACAAAUAUGCAAGAACCUAAAGAAAAAUUUGCAAGCAGGGGUCGUCCAACUAUUGCACAAACAGAAGCACAAAAGAAGAGAGAUGCAUCUACAAAGAGGGAUCUUUCUGAUUGGGAAAGACCAUCUACCAGAAAGGCUUCUGCAGCAGCAUCAAAGAAAGUGCAGCCACGAAAGAAGGCAAUGAAAUCUCAUGUAGUGGGUGAUGAGUUCAAUAGUAUUGACUUGCCGGAUCUGAAUGCACCACCAGAUUUGAACGAAGUAGCAGAAAAUGGUGUUCUUCCCAGUAAAACAAUGUCGAAAAAGAAGAAAGCACAAUGUACAAACGAGCCUAAACAAAGAAGGAAGUAUACGAAAAAGAUCAAGACAAACAGUCCGGAUAUAUCGUAUGACGACGAGUACUUGCAACAUAUGGUUAGAGGAAUAAAUCUUUAUAAUCCAAAGAUCCUGACUGAUGUUGUGGAGAGGCUGGAAAAUGUUGCACCUGAUGGGCAUUGUGGAUUUCGAGCUUGUGCCGAAAUGUUGGGGUUGAGUGAUGAUGAUGGAUGGAAGACUGUCAAGAUAGAAAUGGAGCGAGAACUGACCAUGUACCCAGACAUGUACGUACCUAUAAUUGAUGGAAUGACGGAAUACAACAGUACUGGAUGGUUUUUGCCCGACAUGGGAUAUAUUUUUGCCUCUGCAUUCAAAUGUAUUUUCUCAUCGUAUUCGAAUAUGGGAUGCGCAACAUGGUUACCGUUGAGGACCCAACCUCCAGAAGAUUUCAAGGUUGUGACGAUUUUCAAUCUCAACAACGAACACUUCGUUAAGGCAAUACUGAAACGGGGUGCUUCCUUACCACAUGUUCUCAACGGAUGGAAUUCUAUAUGCACCGAGGAGGCUCUAUUGUGGACUCCACACAUGGAAAUGCUGCAUCGAGGAUGGGAAAAUAUCGAGCAAAAACAACCUGGGCAAGGUUUGCAUGUUAUAGAGGACAUAGACCUCGACGAGAAUUUGCAGGUUAUAGAGGACAUAGACCUCGAUGAGCCUUGA